AAUGAAUGCAUCCUUAUUUUUACGCGUGUCAUCGCAAUUAAGACCGAAUUUUGCCAGAAACUUAAAUUGUUGGACAGCAGCUAUAACAAAAAAACACCAGAAUGUUUAUGUGAAUACGUAUCCUACUAUUCUCGUUCUUCCUGAUGGCAGUAGCAUGAACAUUGAAUAUAAUAUACCAAGAAAAAUAAUCGUUCUUCCUUUAAAUAUUGCCGAACUUUCAGAGGAAGAACAAAAACUUAAAAUUGAAACACGUAAACCUAAGACUAAGGUUGUUCUAAUGGAUGAGAUACAAGAUGAUUUUGAUGAAUUUAAAUAUGUUAAUAUGAAGAAGCGAUAAUUUAAACUAUUUUUGUAGUUGUACAUUUUAUACAUUGAUCAAAAUAACUAAGAGAUAAUUGACGUAAAGAGUAUAACAAAUGUAAGAGUAUAAUUAUUUCAUGAUGUUUAUCUCAUUUCCUUUUCCAUAUUUGUAUUACAUCAAAUGUCAUAUAAUUGCAGUGCUGUACUUUUGUUUUCGUGUGCAUAUAAAUAAAUGCAAUAAAGUAUUUACUGAAUGA